AUCAACUGCUGGUGUCCUGGCCACUUUGACAGCCAGUGGGUGGAGUAUGCGAACAGUAUCUGCUGGGUGCAGAACACUUACUUCCUCCCCUUCAAUGAGGCACUGGUGGCUGGCAAGUUGAACCAGAGAGACACUGCUAUAUCCUACUACCAGUGGAUUCCAGUCAUUCUCUUCCUCAUGAGCGCUUCCUUCUACUUCCCCUAUGUUCUGUGGAAGGAGGCUUGUUCAGCUGUGGGACUAGACGUGGACUCUCUUGUGAGUGGACUGACUGCAUUCGACUCAGCCAUCAACCCAGAAAUAUGGAACAAAACUCUGGCUCAAUCGGCCGGACAGGUUGAGAGAUACAUAGAGAGCCAGCGAGAGAUCAGGUCUGGAUAUAUCAUCGCCGCACGCAAGGCUCUGGUUUUGUGUAACAAGAGACACAGUGGCUACUUGACUACUUUCUACCUGUGUCUGAAAGCAGUCUACGUGGUGAACAUAUUCUUCCACAUUCUCUUCCUCAACUGGCUACUCGGAUACGACUUCAACUACUACGGAUGGCAGGUGUUGAAUUCGCGAGUGAGUGCGAGCGGGUACGAGGAUGCGUACAGAUCCAACGGACUGUGGGGUCCCGAUUUUGAACAGACCUUCGGGUUCCCCCAUGUCUCCCUCUGCGACUUCCGAGUCAGGGCUCUGGUUUUGUGUAACAAGAGACACAGUGGCUACUUGACUACUUUCUACCUGUGUCUGAAAGCAGUCUACGUGGUGAACAUAUUCUUCCACAUUCUCUUCCUCAACUGGCUACUCGGAUACGACUUCAACUACUACGGUUGGCAGGUGUUGAAUUCGCGAGUGAGUGCGAGCGGGUACGAGGAUGCGUACAGAUCCAACGGACUGUGGGGUCCCGAUUUUGAACAGACCUUCGGGUUCCCCCAUGUCUCCCUCUGCGACUUCCGAGUCAGGGUACUUGGAAACCUGCACCAAUACACAGUACAAUGUGUGCUUAACAUCAACCUGUUCAAUGAGAAGAUCUUCGUGGUGCUCUGGUUCUGGUUCGUGUUUGUGGCCAUCCUCACCUGCAUCAACUUCAUCAUCUGGCUGACGAGGAUUGUGUGGUGUCAAGACAGAGUCAAUUACAUCAAGAAACACCUGAAAUUUCUACACAGGGUCGGCUGGGAUGAUCGAAUCAGUGGUGGCUCAUCGGACAUGGAGAGGAGAUCUGUGAGGAAGUUCGUGAAUGCCUACUUGAGAUCAGACGGAGUGUUCUUGAUUCGACUCAUCUCCAGAAAUACCAGCUCAAUCAUCACCUCCGAACUGGUAUCUCAUCUCUAUGAUGAUUUCAUCACCCACCCCACCUUCAAUUUCAACAACAGACCCCCACCAGUGCCAAGUGCACCCAAACCUAUCCUAAACAAAGACCCCCUCAACGAACCCUCGUCACUAGAGGCCAAGGAGAGACUUCUGUUCACCCCUCCUUUGAACAUUCCCCCUCCCACGUUCGAAUCGGCGAUGACAGUGGCAACACAACAACAUCACACGCGGUCGGGAAUCGAACUAGCAGGAGAUUAUCCGCAACAGAUGCAAAUGGGACAUUACAUGAAGGAAAGCCGAGAAGUGUUGUCAGUGUACCCGAAUGCAAGCCCCGCUAGGACCAACAGUCGCCAAAAACAGUCCGAACAAUUUUGACUCGGAAGCCACUUUUAAACCUUUCUGAUGACUUUUGUUGGUUUUCUUGAUCUGC